AUGACAUCAGUCCACAUUCUGCUGAUCUUCUUACAGUGCUGUUGUGUCUCAGGACAGCCUCUGUUAGGAUACUAUUUCAAACCUAUGGCUGAUGUGGCAUUGAGGGUGUCUGUUGAUGAAGUCAACAGGCAGUCCAGCAAUUUCAACCUGUACAGGGCAACCAACAGAGUGGUCAGGCAGAUCUCACAGGUGGGCGAUAAUGUCUAUGACAUCCUGCUUGAUUCUGGAAUAAAGGAUACAGUCUGUCUGAAAUAUCACAGGAGAACAUAUGUGGAUGGAUGCAUUUUCAAAUGGAGUCCUUUCAUGUCUAUGGAACAGUGCUCCAGUCUUGUGCCUGUUGGCAGUGGGCUCGCAGCUCCUCUGGGUAUCAGCUGUGUAGCUGCUCCAAAUGCACUGGGGUCCAGCUCAGAGUCCAGCUCAGGGUCCAGCAGUGAGGAAAGCAUUGUCCAGGCACAAAACAAGCCAAACAGGGCUCUGUUCUCUUUAGGGCUUAUUCUAUGUCAAGGAGCUUUAGACUGUUCAAGAUUAUUGCUGUGA